UCCACUAGAUGGCAGAAGCGUCCCUCCCUGGUUUGUAGGUUACAGAGAGGAGCUAAACGGAGAAGAAGAAGGUUCACAGCUUGGUGGAGCUUCCGCACAGGAACAAAUCUGACCCUAAAAUUCGGUAGAAAUGUUUGAAAAUUUUAGAGAAAGACUUCACAUGGUCCAACAGGACUUCUCAACCAGUUUCAAGACCCUGGGAGACAUGUCAAAAGAGACCAAAAUCAAGAGGAAAUCCAGUCUUUCUUUCAGGUUGGAAGAAGGUUUUCCAUUUUUAGGUGCUGGACUUGACAUUUUGAACAGGUUUGAGAAGAGUUGGUUUCUGCUCCAUAAAAGAACCAAAGCCUGUACCCAGAUAGCAGAGUCUGUGGAUGGAGACAUAGUGAUGCUGUCGGCACACUGGGAGAGGAGAAAAGCUGCUCUGACACACCUACAGGAACAACUGCAAAGCCUACCAGAUUUCAUCACCGAACUUGAUGCCAUUACUGCUAACAUAGGUGUGUAUGUGUUCCAGAAUUGCUCUAUUAAUCAUUCACUCUUGUAUCCAUUAUAAUGGANAGGA